CAGGAGCUCGAGAAGCUGCAGCAGCUCCAGAAAGAAGCAGCCUCGGACGACCCCGAGCAGCAACUGCAGCAGCUGCAGCAGCUGCAGCAGCUGCAGGGACUGCAGCCGCACCUGCAGCAGCAGCAGCUGCAAGAAGUCGAACUAGACACGCAGCAGCAGCAGCAGGAGCAGCAGCAGCAGCUGUCCUUAAAAGCUUUACUGCCUCCCAUAAAAGGAGACGCAGAGGCCUUGCGACAAGUUGCUGCUGCAGCGCAGCAGCUGCGGAAGGAGCUGAACGUAGGAGCUCUUGAGGUGCAAACGCUGACGCUGCCGUCGAAGCUUGAGCUGUGCUGGGCUGAGGACCUGCGGUCGCUGCACUUGUGGCUUCCCCUCCCCACAGAAGACGCAAGCUGCAGCACCACGGGCGCCAGGGAGCGCCUGCAGCCAGCAGCAGCAACUGCAGCAGCAGCAGCAACUGCAGCAGCAGCAGCAGCGACAGAACAGCGACGCGUAAAAAAGAUUGCAGCAACGGCAACGCUUACACCGGCCGCAGCAACAGCAAGUGCAGCAGCAGCAGCAGCUGCUGCUGCUGCUGCUGCUGCUGCAGCAACUGAGCGACCAUUUUCAGUGAACUUUGACCCCCUACACACAACAGCAGCGACAGCAGCAGCAACAGCAGCAGCAGCAGCUGAUUCUGGAUGUAUCAAGUCCAUUUGGAAGCAGCGGAAGUAG